UUAUAUUGGACUGUUGCUUUUUCCAGAGCAACUUCACAGACACAGAAUUUAGUUUGUGUCAUGGUUUUAGUGGGUUUUAUUGGUUGUUUGGAGUGUUUGUUUAAAGGAGGGAGAUUAAUUAGCAACAGUGUAGUGAGAAGAGUGUUUUCUGAACAUUGUUAUAUGUGUUACAGAACUUAUGCUGAGCUUGACAAUCAGAUAAUAUGGUGAUUGACUGGAGUUUUGAACAUCUGAAAUGAAAACUGUAAUGUGUGAGCAUGUAACUGUUUGUUAUGAGAUGACUGGGAUAGCAGUGGUCACAUUUUCCUGCAAGGUCAUGUUUGUCAUCCAUCGGGCUCAAAGAAAUACUAGUAGGGUGACUUGGAUGGCAUAUUAAUUACAGUUGCUAUAUUCAGAUGCCUGGAUCUAGAUUUGAAUUGAAUGACAACUCUGGCUGAGUUCUUCCAUCAACUUACUUUAAUUGAAGUAGUGUGCUGAGAUCCCCUCCGUCCCUCAUGGUGUGGUCAGCCGGGCUGUGGAAAAGGCUUGUGGGGCAGCUGUGCCAGCUCUGCCUGUGGUGGCCUUCAAGAUGUGGCUGGAGAAAACCCUGAGUACCCUGCUCUGAGCUUGGAGCUGCCUUGCUUUUAGUAGGGGCUGUAGUGGAGACCUCCCACAGUCACUUCCAACAUGAAUUACCCUGUGGGCCUGGAUCAGGACCUGGUUAUGCUGAGCAUUAUGCAGAAGGUUGUUAGUGCUGUCCCUAAUCUCCUGUCCCAAGGUUGUCCUGGCAGCUAAAAAUCUUUCUUCAAGUAAUACUGACAGAAGUAAUUUCAGUUGAUGUUAAGCUGUCAGUGCCUGUUUUCUUUAUCUGAGUCAGAUCUCUGUUUUUUUGUUGCAAACCUUUUCCUGUCAAUUUUGCUAAUCACUAUUUUAGAUUCAUAGUGCUGAUAAAUGUCCACACAAAUUCCCACUAAUGGAGAAAUAAUACAUCCUGUAAGUAGAUCUGGAAAUGUGCACGCAGAAAAAAAUAGAAGCAAAGGUAUUACCUUGAGAAUGCAUUAGUCUAAUAUGACCAAAAUGUCUGUAGAUGCAGCAGAGAUUUGAAAGAGACUCAAGCAGGAAUUGUCUUUUGAAGGCAAGCUGGGCUAAUGAAAGCAAGGUGAUUUCUUAGUGUUGCUGGGUCUUGGCAAUAAAGAUUCAGAUGGAGUAGCCUGCAGGAGAGGUGAGCAGAAACCAGAUAGUUAUCACAUCAUGGCAGAAAUUUGAAGAAUAUUGCAACUCUGGAUGAAGGAAAUAAUUUAUAAGGAACGUUUCACAGAAGAAUGGAAAAAAAAAAGAGGGAAAGAAAGAUCAAGGUAUUUAAAAUACCUUGUACUGGGGCUGGUAAAGAUUGAGAUCCUGAAUUAAAUUCCAGCAGGGAUCAGAGAGCCAAAACUGAGAAGAAGAUUACCAGAAAACUCUAACUUAAUUUUGGAGGUAGCUUUUGGUAUUUACCAGACUACAAUUUUAAUUGUUUCAAAGUGCAGAAGGGAGAGAGAGGCACAAUUCUCUUAAUGAUGUGUGAUGUCAGUUUUGGUGAUCAUGACAUGCAGGAUUGUGAUAUCCUUGCAUUGUCAUUACAGUAAGCUGAGUAAGGAAACUGCAGGCCCUUUGGGAGAUUGAAAAGCAAAGUUAAAUCUCCCAACAAAGAAUCUGCAAAAUGUGGACAAAGUGAAUAUAUGUGAAGGUUGGCACACAGAAGGUUAAUGCCUAAAAUACUCCCCUUCUUUUGGGUAGAGCUGCUGUGUAAGAAGUGAAGCUGGUUUACAAAAGCCCAGCAAAAGGGACCUGAAAUUCUUUAUAUAAGUGUGUGUAAUAUUCUGCGCAAUGAAGAAUAGCUGGAAUAGUCUUUUUCUCUUGGGCAGCUCCUAAGGCUCCAUCCAGCUGUUGUUGGAAUGUGAGCAGUGCUCGCCUUAUUUGUGCAUCUGUGGCCACUAGCAAAGUACAGAUUAGUGGGAGGUUUAAUGCUCAUAUUUCUGGGUAGGUGUAAAAAUAACACAACAUUGCUUCUCUCUCUCUCCCCCUCCUUCUCUCCCUCUUCAUGGGUGUGCAAAAAAGUGAGUUCUGUGGUCUCACUGACAACAACCAUGUGAUCCUUCAAAGACACCAAGAUGGAUGGUGACAGCUCCACAACAGAUGCUUCUCAGUUAGGAAUUGCUGGAGAUUACAUUGGUGGCAGUCACUAUGUCAUACAGCCUCACGAUGACACAGAAGACAGCAUGAAUGAUCAUGAAGAUACUAACGGCUCAAAAGAGAGUUUCAGAGAACAAGAUAUUUAUCUUCCAAUUGCAAAUGUGGCAAGGAUAAUGAAAAAUGCCAUACCCCAAACAGGAAAGAUUGCUAAGGAUGCAAAAGAAUGUGUACAAGAGUGUGUAAGUGAAUUCAUCAGCUUUAUAACAUCAGAAGCAAGUGAGAGGUGUCACCAAGAAAAAAGAAAGACCAUCAAUGGAGAGGAUAUUCUCUUUGCCAUGUCUACCUUGGGGUUUGAUAGCUAUGUUGAACCUUUGAAGUUAUACCUCCAAAAAUUCAGAGAGGCAAUGAAAGGAGAAAAGGGAAUUGGGGGAACAGUUACAACUGCAGAUGGUCUAAGUGAGGAGCUCACAGAAGAAGCAUUUACUAACCAGUUGCCAGCAGGCUUAAUAACUACAGAUGGCCAACAGCAGAAUGUUAUGGUCUACACAACAUCAUAUCAACAGAUCUCUGGUGUUCAACAAAUUCAGUUCUCAUGAUUUUGAAGAAAACUUUCCAUCUGGGAACACGACACAGAAAACCUGUGCAACUCUAACGAAGAGGCAGUUUUAAUGACUGGUGAAGAGAUUUAUCUCUUUGUAUAUUAAAUAGCUGUAAUGUAGCUACCAGAAGCUUGACUAAUUGAGGUGUGAGUUCUGACUCAAAUCUUUUUCAUGAUGAUUUUAAAGAAAUAAUUGGAUUUUAAAGGUAUUAAAGUAUUUUUGUUUUGUACAAGAGUUUGUUGCUCUGUAUAACUCCUGUAUGCAUUGUAUAUUGCAAUUUAUUACUGUCAGAGAUUUGUAGACAGUUUCUUAUUUUCAUAUUGAAUCAUGUUACUUUUGUAAUUCAGGUAAACAGCUGGGUUAAUUCAUGUUUACCCUUUGAAUAAAAUUGUAAGGGUAAAGUUCA